AUGGUAACUCAAGGAUCCGGGAGCUCUGCGGUUUCAUGCAAGCAGUCCCCCAAUGAAGGUGAAUUUCUAGACUAUCAAUCUUCUGAAUUAAGAACCGCAGAUAGAGAGUGUUUUUUGACCCAUUCUGGUGGAUGGGACUCAAAGAGUCCAAUGAUUGUAAAUUGUCCUUCCCUAGAGCCUGAAACUGCGCUUGCAUCUGAACCUGAACCGAAUCUUGAACCCGAACCCGAACCAUAUCCAAAAUUGGAAACUGGAUGUGAAGCUGAAUCGUUUCCUAAGAGUGAAGAUAAAUUGGUUGAAGAAAAGCAUUUGGAGUCUGAUAAUGGUCAAAGGGAGGUUGAAAGUGAGAAUCUAGACGAAGUUCAGAAAUGCAAUGUCGUGGUAGAGGCUGAGUCGUUGGAUAAGAGCAUGGAUGUGGCUAAAGAGAGAGAAGCUUGCAGUGAUGAUGCUGAUUUAUCAGAAAGUCGGGAUGUAUCGAUUGAUUUGGGGAAUUGUUCUAAGGAUGAACGUGAUGUUGUGACUGACGAAGGUGACAAAUUGGAAAACAGUUUGUUGGAUGACGAGUGUAAGGAAAGCAAGGACCUCAAUCAAGAAGUGAAGACCAAGGAUUUUGAUAAAGAGGUAGAAAAAGAAAUAUACGAGAGGGGGUCUGCUAUAUCAAAACCAGCCGACCCUCCUCUUUCCUCACAAGAGGCCAAAGUUGAGAACCCACCUGACCUUGUAACUCCUCCUGAUGCAUCAGCUGAAAAGGAAGUUGAAGAAGAGAGCACAGAAAUGCCUGCCGCUAUGAAGAAGAAAAAGCGUAGGCAAAAUGAGCUAUGA